AUGGGGCUGAUAUUCAGGCAAUUCCUCAUUGCACUGCUAGGUGGUUUUCAUCUUCUAGCGCUCCCAGUUCAUGCCCAGACUAAAAAAGGCUUCAUCAGCAUAGACUGCGGCCUACCGGAAACCUCUGCAUACAGUGAGCAAGAAACAGGCAUUACCUUUGUUUCAGAUGCUACUUUCAUAGACACUGGUGAAACUAAGUUCAUACAAUCUGAUGAUUUGCUAACCCUAAACUAUCAGCCCUUUCGGUAUCUGAGGACCUUCCCUCUAGGAAUUAGGAACUGCUACAACAUAAACGUCACAUUUGGGACUGAAUACUUGAUUCCAGCGGGCUUCUAUUAUGGGAAUUAUGAUGCCAAAAAUAAGUUGCCAGAAUUCCAACUUCAUCUUGGACCUAAUUUGUGGGACACAGUGAAUUUCGCGUUUUCGUGGGCUGACACAACCAAGGAGAUGAUAUAUGUCCCUGUGAAAAAUUAUAUACAGCUUUGUCUGGUCAACACAAGCAAAGGGGUUCCAUUUAUAUCCACAAUAGAACUCAGACCUUUACCUGCCAAAUCUUAUGUUACACAAACGGGUUCCUUUUUGGGACUUUUCUCGCGGUAUAACACCGGCCCGGUUAAUUUUACAGCAGAUGAUAUCAGGCAUCUAUAG